GGAUAAGAACUCGCAUUUACAUGAGGAGGCACCACACUGCGUGCCUCCCGAACGCGGCAGUCUAUGCUCGCGUUGGAAGUUGUGUAUCUUUCCGUUUAUGCAGUUGUCUCGCCAUGCUUUCUGCGCCCGAUCUCGUGUUGCUGCUUUACAUCGGCCUGACACUUUGGCUGGCCUUGGUGUUCGUGUGCGUUGUGUUCUCUCGUCUCCUCCGCUUUGCCUUGAGGCUGGCAAGUGUCCUUCGUCAUCGUCGGCAACGUACGAAGACCAUGGAUGGCUGCAUGCGUGGCGCAGGACAGCAGGGACGGGCACCGGGGCGCAACGUCAUGCCACAUCUACAAGACCUGAACGAUAGCCCCUUCACGCCAAUGACACCCGGGGUGUGUAUGGGACCGUCCGUCGAUGGUGCUGUUGGGCUUCCUCCACGUAGGAUGUUCCAACAGGUGUCGGAGGACGUUCACUUGGGUUCUCGGCACAACGGCCCUGCUCCAUCGUGGAGAGCAACUUUGGACGGCGAUGCAGGCAUUCCUCCACACCUUCAACCGCUUCCAGACAACACGCCAGUGCAGGGCCAGCGCAACGGAGCAGGCAUCCCUCCGCACCUUCAGCCGCUUCCGGAUGACAUGCCAGUGCAGGGCAAUCGCAACUAUCCAGUUCAGUAUGGCUCAAGCAUCAUGACUGGCACGACGGUGCCAUAUGUGACAGGAGGAGCGCCGUCGCUGGAGGAUGUGGAGGACGACAGCAAUGUUGGCCAGUCCGGAACACGCUUUGCUCCUUCUAGGCGAUAGCAAAACUUGUCCGGUGACUAGCUUGCAUGGACAGCGUGUGCAUCCCGAACGGAG